UGCUAUUAUACAGUUUGUAUUUACCUUCGGUUGAUCAAAUUUACCCUUGUCAUUACAAAUUUGCAGCUAGUUAUGUUAAAUGUGGGAAAAUCUAUACCAUUUUGUACAGUUCGAGGAUAAAUUUGACGCUUUAAAUGUGGAUUCGUGCGUCAAUGGGACCGUAUAAUUUGGGCAUUUGAAAUGAAAUGGUACUCUUUUGUUGUUGCUCUUAAAACAAGCUUCAAAGUAUCAGUCUAACUAAUUGAGAUGGCGACGAGGAGAGGAGCAAAACGCAGUGUUAUUGAAAUUUCUUCUUCUUCCGAACAAAAAAAUGGAGAUGAAGAAUAUGAAGGAAGCUCAGAAGAAUCAGAACCAUUAUCAGAAUCGGAUGACGAUGAUUUUGACUCCUCCGCCUCAAGCGAAAGCGAUGGUGAUUACGAAGAAUAUGAUGAUGAGGAUGAUAUCGAAGAGGAAAGUAAGGAGUCGGAGUGCGACAGAGUCCUUCGCCUUCUCCAAGGGGUUGGAGAUUUGAAGAAGCUAAAGGGAGAAUUGAGGAAGCUAACCUUGACGGACUAUAAAGCAUAUUUGCGGUCGAAUGGGUUGAGGUUAUCUGGUACAAAAGAAGAAUGUGUAGAGAGGAUCAUAGAGCACUGGAGGAUGAAAGAUGGAAAUGGUCAAAGACUAUAUCCCAGAUCAUCAUUUACUAUAAACUGCACCGGUGACGUAUGUAAAGGAGAUGUUGUAUUAUUCACACAGAAAGUGUACAAGAAUUUUGACAAGAUGACAAGGGGUGGAGAACUAUUAGGGAAGAGAACCAUCGCUGGGAGGAUUGUUAAGGAGAGUUAUGGUGCUACCAAACAACAGCAUACCUUUACGGUAAGGCUCAAGAGAAAUUUUGGAGUGCACCCAGAGAUGUCUGAUUUUAUAAGGGUUGAGGUGUUAUGGAGCCAAGGGGUUAAAAAAUUAUCUGCACUUUUCCCGUUGCUUGUGAAGGGACGGAACCUUUAUAAGUUGACUUUCAGACAGAGAUGGAAGAAUGAAAAGGAAAGAUUAGAAGUGCUUGCAGAGAAGCACAAACGUGGAGAAGCAGCAAGAUUUAUUAGAGCAACAAGAAAAUCAAAAUCAAUAAAGCCGACAAAAGUGUCCUCUAAAAAUAAAGGUAACAAGCGUCAGAAACUUGAUCAUCAUAGGAGGCCAAGCGAAAUGAUACAGACAAGCAAAGUAAAGAAACAUAAUUGUUCUAUUGAUGAACGCGGGAAAGCAAUGGUGAGAAGCAAAAGAAAAAAACACCGCCAUGAAAAGCCUCGUCCACCUGGGAGAUUGAAUUUGGCAGAGUCCAGAAAUAGUAGAGCCCCUAUGAGGUAUCCAAACAUUGUGCCUGCCAUUGGGGAGACCUCAUUACAGUUCAAUUAUCCUUCAACGAAUAAUUUCCGCCAUUUUGAAUCAGAUUAUUACGGGCUAGGAGGAGUACCAUAUUCGUAUUCAUCUAACUGGCAUUCAGCACCAAGAUCACAUUUAAGCUCUUAUUCCUCGUAUGCUCUGCCUGCUCCAGAUCAUCAACAAUAUGAUCAUGGAAGCUAUCCUAAUUUUUCAUAUCCUAGGUAUGUAUCUCAGUCUAGUAAUCAUUCCCGUUUUCUUGGCAUGGUGGGAACUCACAGAUCAUCUGGUUCAUUCCCAUUUGUAAACUAUGAACGUAGAUAAAACUCUUAGCUUUUUGUCUCUCUUGCUCUGACCCGUGCUGUGCGCAUAAGAGCAGCAAGGGGUCUUAAACUGACUUUUGGAGCAUUGCCUUGUUGUAAGUGUCAAUUUUCAAAUAUUUGUACAGCAAGUUGCAAAAGUAUUUAGUCUUUAAUUGGUAUUAAAGCUGUGAUCUCUUUUUUA